GUGUAUAACGUGAAGAAUUAAUCGUUGGAUCGGUUCAGCCUCACGCGAUGGAAAACCCUCAAAUACCUAAGGCCGCUGUAGCUCUGCAGCCUCGCCGCCACUUCGUGAUCGGUUACAGAGGUAGCGAGAGGGAGAGAUGGCCGAGGUGGAGGCGAAGAACGUGAUCCCUGAAUCAGUUCUGAAGAAGCGGAAGAGAGAGGAUCAGUGGGCUCUAGAGAAAAAGGAGAAGCUUGAAGAGAAGCGCAAGAAGAACCGCGAGAACCGCAAGUUAAUUUUCAAGAGGGCAGAGCAGUAUGCGAAGGAGUACGAGAAUCAGGAAAAGGAGCUAAUUCAACUUAAGCGCGAGGCUAGGUUGAAGGGAGGGUUCUAUGUGUGUCCCGAAGCCAAGCUUCUUUUUAUCAUCAGAAUCCGCGGUAUUAAUGCUAUGCACCCGAAGACUAAGAAGAUUUUGCAGCUUUUGCGUCUGAGACAGAUCUUCAAUGGUGUGUUCCUGAAGGUGAACAAGGCCACCAUAAACAUGCUUCGGAGGGUGGAGCCUUAUGUUACAUAUGGCUAUCCUAAUCUGAAAAGUGUGAGAGAAUUGAUUUACAAGAGAGGCUAUGGGAAAUUGCAGAAGCAAAGAAUUCCAUUAACCAACAAUUCCAUCAUUGAGCAGGGUCUUGGGAAGCAUAAGAUAAUCUGCAUUGAGGACCUCAUCCAUGAAAUUUUCACUGUGGGUCCUCACUUCAAAGAGGCCAAUAACUUCUUGUGGCCGUUCAAGCUGAAAGCACCACUUGGAGGGCUUAAGAAGAAGAGGAAUCAUUAUGUGGAGGGUGGAGAUGCUGGCAAUAGGGAGAACUAUAUCAAUGAGCUGAUUAGAAGGAUGAAUUAAGUCUUAGUGUUUCCUGUGUUUACCAGUCUUUGGUGUUUGAAAAGAGACAUGAAAUUGUGUUGCAAUUUUGGCACUUUAAAUUGUUUUAAGUUUAAUUAGCUCUACUUGCUUAAUUCUUGACUAUUACAUUUGAAUUGAAUUUCGUUAAAGUUAAUCCAAUCUCAGUUGCACGUUUUGAGUACUUCA